AUGACGACCGCGGCGUCAUUUUUGAAUCAUAUGGGUGAUCGACCUGCGCUUUAUCGAACCCCCUCCCCGCCGCGACGCGCCGUCGAACCCAUCACCCCGUCCGCUGAACUUCGUGGAUCGUGGACUGAGCGCGGUAAUACUCGCGCCACUAACCUUGAUCAGGUCCAGCGACAAUCAAAUCAUACGACUAGCACUCUCGGAGAUGGUACGUCAAAUCACCGGUCGAGUCAUGGCCGGUCAAACUCAACCAUCGAUACUCUUGCAACGAUUGCUCUCGCAACAAGCCCUACCUUCGCGCCGCUUCCGUACCAUCCGCCUUCUCCCAAGUCUCGUCCCAAUAUGUCCUUAUUUUCCUCCAAUUCUGAUGAGAGGCCUGCAAAACGUGCUCGAUCAGAGAGAGAUCCCUCGGAGCUGCCGUCCGCCCGGCGGCACAUAAUGGAUACCAUGACAAACGAUGCAGAGCUUUUGCUCAACCUUGCGCGACCUACCAAUGCUCCUCUCGGCAGCCACAUCAAAAGAGUUAGCAUUGACGAGUCUUACCACCACUACGGAGCUGACGCAAUGCGCCAUCAUCGGGCAGACUUUUUUCAUACUGGUCCCGGUGACGGAAAAUUUGGAAACUCUUCAAUCGAUCAUAUCCCACAUUCACGGAUGAGGUCUCGUUCUGAUGGCUCAGCCUUCUUGUUGCGUCCAGUGAUCAGCGGUAUGCGCCCUACUACUAGCUCAGGGACUUUGCCAUCCAUCGCCUGGGAAGAUGAGAAUGAAGACAAUUCAUUCGCAGGUGCGUCUCGCCAGCAGGGUCUCGAAGAACAUCGAUCGACCGGUACCACUACUCAAGAGUCUCCUACUCCUCGCAAGACGUUUGAUUUGACACCCAAAGUUGAAGAAGAGGAAAGCGACGCGAAUCAAGCAAGCUGUGCGGAAUGCCAUUUAGUGCGCAUUGCGUUGGAUACAGAUGGCAAGAACGAGGAUACUUGGAUUGGAUGCGACGGAUGCAAGUGCUGGUUUCAUAUCCUUUGUGCUGGGUUCAAGAACGACCGGGAACUUCGCACCGUUGAUAAGUUUAUCUGUCGCAAAUGCCAAUCUGUGCACGGCCAAACGACUUUCGUGCGAAAGUCCUCGCGAGCUCGCACAGCAAUCGACUAUGCCGGUCUCAACCAAGGCCUUGUGAAAGCAGCCACUGACUCGUUAGAUCAUCAUUACCUCGAGCCUAUUCGUCAGGGUAAAAUUCGAUUUCAUGCCGAAAGUUUCCCUCGCAUUAGACCAGAGCUAGUCACAGCAGAAUACUUUGAACGCGGCAAUGGAUGGACCGAACCAGUGGUCAUACCCGCUUGCUGGAAUACUCGUGAACCUGCUGCUAAAGAGGACUCGGGAUUGGAAAAUCUUAUCCAGGAAGCGUCAACCCAAGAAAUGUUUGAUGAAUUGCUGGAGCACCUUCACGAGCAAGAUAUCGAGACAGAAGAGACAAUCGACUGUGGCCAAGACCGGCUGGACAUGGUCAUUCCACAGGGCUUGACUGUCCGAGCUGUGGCUGAGAUGUACGGCCUUGAGGAGAGACUUGAGGUGAUUGAUGUCAAGUCACAACAAGGAGAAGAUAAGAUAUGGAACUUGCAAAAAUGGGCCGACUACUACGAGAGCAGCGAGCCCAACAAAGUCGUCCGUAACGUUAUCAGUUUGGAGGUAUCCCAGAGCAAGAUGGGCAGGCUCAUCAAGCGACCCAAAGUUGUACGCGAUUUGGACCUGCAAGAUGAUGUGUGGCCGAAGGAGAUGAUGGCAGUUGGCGAUUACCCAAAAGUCCAAUUCUAUUGUCUCAUGUCUGUGGCUGACUGCUACACUGACUUUCACAUCGAUUUCGGUGGGUCUUCGGUGUAUUAUCACAUCAUCAAAGGCAAAAAGACAUUCUUCUUCAUUCCUCCGAAAGACAAAAAUCUGAAGAAGUACGAGGAAUGGUGCAACUCUCCUGCACAAGACACGACAUUCCUUGGCAACCAGGUCAAAGAGUGCUACCGAGUUGAUCUUUCAGAGGGCGACACCAUGUUGAUUCCAUCAGGAUGGAUCCAUGCCGUCUGGACACCGGAGAACAGCCUUGUUAUCGGGGGCAAUUUCCUCACACGGCUGAACUACGGUAUGCAGAUCAAGAUCCUCAAUGUCGAAAAGGAGACCAAGGUCCCGAGGAAAUUCAGAUAUCCAUUCUUCCAGAAGAUACAAUGGUAUACAGCAAUAAAGUAUCUCGAGGACGAUCCUAUUCCCCCUAGCGUGCUGGAUGCAUUCAUCCAAGAUGAGAAUUAUCGCUUCCAUCGGCAUUAUCCAAUUUACUACGAGUUCGAAGAGCAUACUAGCCCGGAUCCCGCUGGUUCUCCUUACCACAAUUCUCGAUUCUACUCGCAGGCGGAACUGGAGGGCUUGCCGGAGUUGACCAAGUAUCUUUUGCGCACGGCGCUCAUCGCGAGCUCUUAUAGUGUGGACGGAGUUACCAUAGAACAGCGCAACGCGGUUCGCCGCUCGAUUCCAAAGCUAGUCACAGAUCCCAUCGAUGUGAUCCGACGGUUCGGAAUCUGGGUCGCUUGGAAACGUGGAAACGAGAAGGCUCCCCAGUGGACUCACCCAGGCGUCAUAGAAAGCAAUCCGAAGGUCUCUCUUACAGAAAAGCGCCCAGCUGGUCGGCCCAGUCGACGAUCUGAACGGCACGUGGACAGCCAGCGAACUUACGCUGAAAGACAGGCUGUGCAGCGACCAGAAGAAGAAGUUGUCGUUCCCCCGACUCCCCAAUUCACCAGUGUCACGUAUGCGCCAUCGGAGAGUGAAACCCCAGGACCUGUUGGAUUGAUCUCCGAAUCGAGUGUUCAAGAGACUGCUACCCCUAAACCUCGCUCUACCCCACGUAGCUCAGGCCUCGGGCCGAAGCGCGUCGCCUGUGACGCUUGUCGAAGGAGGCGCAUUCGGUGCCGUCACAAGGAUGAACCCAAUGACUUGAUAUUCGGUACACAGAUGAUGGCCAUCAACGACAUUAGCUCGGGAUCAGGCCUCAGCACUCCGUCCUCUUUGGCCCAAGAUGCUGUGUCCGCGUUAAAUUCACUGGCUGCAAUUGCCUCGCAGGCUGGCUUUCAAGGCAAUGGCAUGUCCGGAGUGGAACCAUUUGAAGAAUCCAUUGCACUCUCUUCAGUGAUGGGUGCAUCGACAACAGUUGCCAACGGGCUGAAUGAUUCAAGCCCCGAUGGAACCAAUGGUGGCAAAAAGGGACGAAGCAAGGCGUGUGAUGAUUGCCGAAAAAGCAAGCGACGCUGUAUUCACGAUGAGUACGGGAAUAUUGAUCCUAUCAAGGCCCAGGAACGGUCCAAGCCUCGUGGUACUGCCUCUGCAAAACGACCGCGACCGAAUGAACAUGAUAGUAUGCCUAUCACUUCCAAGAAAACGAAGCAGGAGAGCACAUCUCCAAUUAUGCCCUCGGAAUUCUUCAGUGAUAAUGAGAGCAAAUUUACCAUGACCCAGGGUUUCUUGGGAAAUUACAGCACCACGAGACAGCAACUCCAAGAAGAACCCGCCAAGCAGAGUGAUGCACCUAUUCAACCUAAUAUGUAUGCAUCCCCGCCUACAUUCAACGCUGAAUCUGUCGAUACGAAGGAUGUCAAUUCCAUGUCUGUUUCAUCAAAGCCGACAGUCUCUUUGGUGUCGCCACCGACAUCGCUAGUCGACGAAAUGGACGUUGUGCAUGAUGGCGAUCCGUUGGUGUCCGUCGAGACUCAGCCUUCCACGGUUCUCCAUGCAACCAACUCCAUCCCUCAUCAUCUAUCUAAACAAUCAAACCACCUUGAAAGUUUCGUACCAGAAGUGAUUGUGGCUAAGCCAGCGAUCCAAAUUCCCUCGCCUCCUAUGCGCCGGGCCACGCCCUCAAAGCGUCCCUCAUCAUCCCAUGUAAAGAAGAGCUCCCCCAUGGUCGAGAGGCACGCUCGAAAUGUCGCUUCUUCACUGUCUCCUCAACAAUCAAAGCACACCAAUCACCAUUUAGGAUAUGAUACAGAUGCCGAAAGCCUUCGUCUCAUUCGGGAAAUCCAAGAGGAGGAGUUUGGUUUGCGCAGGCGCCGAGGCUAA